AUGGAGCACAAAAUUUGGAGCUAUUUUACAAAAAUUAGAAUAGUUUCAGAUUAUAAACAACUACAAGUUAAAUGCAAUUAUUGUGAAAAUUUAUGUAAUAAAAAUAUUUUAAGAUGCAAAGGAUAUUUAAAAUAG